AUGAUCUUCACGUCUAGAUAUGAGAUUCCUAUUCCCGAGGUCGACCUCCUCACUUACAUAUUCGAUUUAUCAUCGGAGGAGUCACAACAAGCCUCGUCAGAAAAGCCUGUAUAUGUAGAGGCUCAUGACGCGACGCAACAACUCAAUAAAGUACAGUUCAGGCAUAUGGUUGAAUCCAUAGCUGCUGGGCUGCGACACAAGUUCAAGAUACGAGAUGGCGAUGUUGUCUUGGGGUUCUGCGAGAAUUCUAUCCUCUAUCCAGCAGUGAUCUUCGCCUCAAUUGCAGCCGGGGGCGUCUUCACUGGAGCUAAUCCGACAUACACAUACUCUGAACUGGUUAAUCAGCUCACCGUCUCGGGAGCCAAAUGCAUUGUCACCGACAGCUCCCGACUUGAGAUGGCCAAGAAAGCCGCAAAGACUGCAGGCCUUCCACCCGGCUCCUUGGUUCUUAUCGACUCCAAGCACGGCAGCUCAGUCGAUGGCGCUUCAUCCUUCCAAAGCUUGUUAGGUCACGGAACGUAUUCUUGGAAGAGGAUUUCAGACCCCAAAGUUCUUGCUGAUAAACCAGCUGUUCUCAAUUUCAGCAGUGGCACGACCGGUCUCCCGAAAGCUUGUGAGAUCACCCAUCGUAACUUGGUCGCCAAUGCGGAGCAGAAUCUGCAUCUUGACCGCGUGGCGAGGAAGCGAAAAAAUGACCCGACCUUUGCAGCCAACGAUGUCCACUGCGCCUUUCUCCCAUUUUACCAUGCUAUGGGCCUCAUCACCUUCUGCAUCUUGAACGUAAAACGAGGCUGCACCACCGUCGUCAUGCCAAAGUUCGACCUGAAGUCAUUCCUCAGCACGAUCCAGAAGUUCAAAGUGACUUCCCUAAUCUUUGCGCCCCCAGUGGUCUCUAUGCUCGUCAAAAGUCCCCUUGUCUCUCAGUACGAUCUCUCCAGUGUCAAGUUCCUUGUCUGUGGAGCAGCACCGCUCCAGGCGGAUGUCGAAAAACGACUCGAGGCACUCUUCAGCAAGACGGGCGCCCGCAGCCGACAAGGCUGGGGCAUGAGUGAGGCUACCAUGGCGGUCUCGAUCUUUGGGCCAGAUGAGUUUGAUCCCUCCCAUGGAAGCGUUGGAUACCUGGUGGCCAAUAUGCAACUUCAGGUCAUUGAUGAGAAUGGCAAGGCUCUUGGCUACGAGGAAGAAGGAGAGGCUAUACUUAAUGGACCCAAUGUGUUCAAGGGUUACUACAAUAACCCUGCUGCUACCAAGGAGGCUUUCACUGAUGAUGGCUGGCUCAAGACUGGAGACAUAGUCAAGAUUGACAAGACUGGAUUGGUCACCAUUGUGGAUCGCAAAAAGGUUUGUAUCCCCAGUAACUCGUUCAUGGCGCGCAUUAACGGUGAAUACCAGGAACUCAUCAAGGUCAAGGGAUUUCAGGUCGCACCAUCAGAAUUGGAAGGCCAUCUUCUAGAGCACGAAAGUGUCCUAGACUGCGCCGUUAUUCGUGUUCUACGUGACGGACAGGAACAUGCCCAAGCGCACAUCGUCAGGAAGAGGCCAGAUACGACAGCUGAGUCCAUCCUGUCAUUCAUGGACAAGCGUCUAUCGCCCAUCAAACGAAUCACAGGAGGUAUCGUAUUCACCGAUACUAUUCCAAAAUCCCCGUCUGGCAAGAUUCUUCGGCGAUUGAUCAAGGAUGGCUUUGCUAGCAAGGAUCCCAGUCCUCGUCUAUGA